AUGCCGGACUUCUUUUUAGCAGCAUCUGAGUUGUCUUCCAUGCAUCAGUUUCAGAUGACAACAGACUCACAAAUCAAAUUGAACCAAACCAAAACAAAAUCCACAAGAAAUGCUGCCCUGAAAAUGGAGAUUAUAAAUCUUCAAGCUGCGCCUCGCCCCAGGACAGAAGAGAGACUUAGCUAUGCUGUCCACCCAGCCAAAAGAGAUGUGAAACGAAGACAGUUUGAAGAACAUGUAAAAGAACAUCAUCUCAGAAGUCAGCCUCAAAUCUCUCAGAAAUGUGGACACACUAAGCAUAAAAUAUCUGACCAUAGGGUGGAAAGGAAGGCAUCAAAGAGUCAAGAAGUCUGUCGUUACAGCCACCAGCCGUCCAAAGUAGAAAUCAGCUCAGGUGCCAAGGUAUACCUGUACACAUCUCAUCCAGGACAGUCAGAUCUGACCACACCAAAUUCACCACCCACCCGUGAUCUAGGACUUCAGCCGCAUGCCGCGAUAAGUGACCACAAAAUUCUGAGUGAACACAAAAGCCUGCUGGAAGUUCAGCAACUCUGGAAAGAACUGAGCAGUUGUAUCCAUAAAAUUGAAGAAGUUACUAAAAAAGAUCGAGUGGAAGAAACUUUAGAUCCAGAUGAAGAACAGCGAAUCCAUGUCAGGAGGCAGGAGCAAGCGGUUCGUUCUGCCCAAACGCUCUACGUCUUCCAGCGGCAGGUUAAAGAAAUCCAGGAAGAAUUGGAUAAAUUGAGUCCACAUAAAAUUAAACACAGUAGGAAGUCAUGGGCAAUGUCCAGGCUGGCAGCUGCGCAUCGAGGAGCCAUUCAUGCCUUACAGAUGUUUGUUACUCAGUUUACUGACCGAGGGGAGCACCCAGUUCCUGCCCAGUGUAGGGAACUGGGCAGUCUUAUUCGCCAGCUUUCCCUCUGUUCUGCCAAGCUGGAUGCCGAUUCUUCUGUCCCUGAUGUGGUUAUAGAUAUCCUACGACAAAUUGAGGCUUUGGAAUCCCUCCUGGAAAAGAAACUGUCACCAAAAAAGGUGAAGAAAUGUUUCACUGACAUUCGGAGCAGAUUUCCUGUUGGUAGCCAAAGGGCCUUGGAGAGAUGGCAAAGUACAUCACCAAAGAGUGAGAGGAGACCCUUAGUUGCAAAGGAGAUAAUUCCACAGGAAACAAAACAACCUUCAAUGGCAAAGAAGCUUCUUGCUGAUAAGUAUCAACCUGAUAGAGAGCUUCCAGUGACCCAGAGGUUGGAGAAUGAGCUUGAUGUGUUAGUUGCGGAUAUACUUCCGGAAGAAGCUCCAUCUAUUCUAGACCAAAAUGCAAGCUUCAAAGAAGAGGCAUUAGCCCCGGCAAAAACAACAGCAGUCAAAAAGAAGCCUGUGACUGAGGAUGUGCCUUCUAGGAAGAAGGAUACUCUGGUGCCGACAAGACUACAGCAAGGGCUCCACAAAACUGAAAAAAAUAGAUCAACCCAAUCUCACAGCAAAAGCAGGUUGCAACGGACAACAGUCUCAUCGAGAUUAAAAAUGAACCAACAGCCUGUGAAAGACCAUAGGGCUCUUUGGAUACCUCUGAACCCCACCUCCCCACCGGCAUCUCCCAAAUGUGCUGCAUGGCUAAAGGUGAAAUCGAGCCCCAAAGGUGCUGCAAAAGAAUAGUCUCUCCAGCAAGAAGAUACUCAAGAGGAAAGUCAAUUCAGAGGUGCUGUUGAGCAUGAAGCAGCUAGACUCGCUUGGCUUGAUGCUGAAACUUCCAACAGAUUAAAGGAACUAGAAGAAUUAAAAGCCAAAGAAAUGGACAAAAUGCAAAAACAGAGUGUUUCUGCCACCCGGUUAGCAGACAAGGUAGAGAAGGCAGUUCUGGAGCAUUUGAAGCCUCUCCUGGUCAAGGCCCAGAGAGUCAAUUCUUCUCUGGAAGCAGGUAGUCCAUUGACGGAUCGGCCAUCAGUAAACACAGCGAUAGCCCAGCCUGCAGAGGAGGCUACAGCUGUUGAUUCUGAAUCCAACAACAUUCGUCAGCUGGAUGAUUUUUUGGAAGAUACCGCUCAUGAGCUCUGGACUAUGACUCACUCUAAGAUCUUGGAGUCUGAAGCCUUAGACACCUUGGGGGACAGCAAGGACAGCCCAUAUCUGGAGACCAUGAUGCUCCGAAUGGAGGAAACGGAAAAAUACCAGGAGACAGUUUGCCAAAGAUAUAAAAUUGUAUAUGCUGAUCCUCAUCUUUGGCUGCAGGAAGAAAAAAAUGACCAAAAAAUCCCAGCAGUAAGUGAAAGGCCUCUUUCUCCUCAUCCAAUCAGGAUCACAAAGACAGCGGCUCACAAAGCCCCAGACGUGAACAUCGUGUUGGAAAGGCCCUGGAAUGCCAACUCCCUGGAUGAAAGUGUGGGAACAGAGGAGAAAUCGGAGAAAAAGGCUCCCCUUCUCUCCCUUUCAGAAGAUUCUCAACAGAAAGAGGGUCGAGCUGCCCUCUUUGUCCCCCCCAGGAUGCGGCACAGCACUGGGGACUACUGCAGCCGCUUUGAGCAGUACCUCCGGAUGAUAUCUCAUGAGGCCGUGGGCUCCUUCAACCCAUGGCUGCUUGCUGAAAGCUUUUCAGAAGAGCUGGUAGAUGAAGCUCUGGGGGACGUGGCUGCUGAACUUCAGGAUGUGUGUGAAGAUUAUGCAGAAGCUGUGUUCACCUCAGAAUUCUUAGAGGCUGCUACACAAAGGCUUUCCACGGCGAGGGCCCUCCUGUCACACUGGAGAAGGGGCGGCACUACCUUUGUUUCAGCCCGCAGGACAUCUUGAUCCUCUGCUGUCCAUCCAGGCCCAGAAGGU